AUGCAUAAUCAGUCUGUAAAGCAGCUUGCCAUGCAAAGUCAUAGCUAUUCCUCAGCAAUCCCGACGUUGGCUUCACUAAAGCCAACGUACACUCAAACUAUUGGUUUUCGGACAAGCCAGGGACUACAUGAUGAGGGAUCAAGGCUUGACGUCACACCAGUCUCGAAGCAAUUCCCUUUGUCGGCCUUGAAUCGACCAUCAUACUGUGAUUUGCUAUUACACUCCAGUUCUCCAGUCAGCGCCCCUGGUGAUGAGCCUACGACGGAACCCAAGCACAAUGGAGCAAUUACCGAAAAAGAUUCCAUAAGCGGUGCCAUAAGAGGAUCAUAUACCAGCACCGGUUCUGAUGACCAUAGUAUCUUUCCGAUUGAGAAUUCAAAUAAUAACACUACCGACUUGCUUCAGAACGUGACCACAAGAGCCACCUUUUCGCCAUUUGCAUUUAAUUGUACCUCUCAAGUAUGGGCUAGUUUGGAAACACCGAACUCUGAGGACUCGUCGGGACCUUUCGUGGAGUCCCUGUAUCAUUCGACUAGCCAAAUACAUACCGAAGCUUCCGAGAUCAGAGAAACCGGACAGAGCAGGGUUUUCCAAAGCGACGGAGCUUCUGGCACCGAAUGGUCUGGCACUGCUGGUCGUAUCACUGGGACGGCUGGGCAUCACUUAUCUCUGGCCCCUAACGAUGGAAGCCAAACCUUGUCGAGGACGUUGGCAGGAACGGUGGCUAGCUCUCACACUAUUUCGUCGAUUUCUGGACCAACAUCAGCCACAAAAACCUCAGAUCAUGAAUGGCAUGAUACAGCAAUCUAUGGUAGUAAUCUAUCGGCAAGGCUUUCAAAGCAGGGCACAGUACUUAUACUCAGCAGCGUUUUUGGAGGCAGUGUUGCUUUGAUUGGGGUCUUUAUUAUACACUGCUUUAUCCUCCGUUAUCUCCAUAGGCAUGCCGUGGGUUCGACCACUCUUCCCUCGCAACGAGUGGUAGAUUCCCCGGAAAAAAGAGCGAAAGUCAUACCUAGGACAGCUGAAUUCUCGCAUUUUUCAAAUGAUACUUGA